UCGCGGCGAGGGGCCAGUCCAGCACCCGAUCGAAGUGAGCGACUCUUCGGACUCCGCUGCGCCGACCGAGCGUGCUGCAGAUGAGGAACUGCAGGCGGCGAUUGUCGAGAGCCAGCAGGAGCACGACAAGGAGAGGGCCAUGAACGACGAGGAGGCGGAGCAGCUGCAGCAGGUCAAGGACGUCGACUUGACGACGCCCCCGAAGAGGAAGAAACACGACCUGUCCAUGAAGAUCAUGCGCCGCGACGGCGAC